CCACCACUUUAUUAUUGAUUUUCCCAACAAUUUCAUAAGCGUCAGAGGUCCAACAUCAUUGUUUUCAAAGUGGGGCUGCUUCUGUGUCUGUACCUUUAAAUGCUAAUGAGCAGUGUCUGGCCACGCCUACUCCACGCCCUUCUCGGGGAGAGGAUGCGGCCUUCCCUGGCGUUACCAUGUGCUAAUGUUUACGGUGGAUUUACGACUAUGGCUGGUGGACACGCUGUCUUUCAACGUUACCAGUUUGAACCAGAAUCUGACCCAAAAGGAGAAGUUCAGACUCUGCAGCAGGACGUUUCUAAAUGCACCUGUCUUCACUCUGGUGUUGCCGCUACAGUUGUGCACGAGCAGAGGUGAUGCCAGCGCUGACAGAGAGAAAGAGAGAGAGAGAAGGAGAGAGAGAGAGAGGAAGGAAACCUCUAAUUCCCCACUUCCACUUUUAUUUAUUUUUUCCAUGCCGGAAAACAGCCCGAAGAUCCAGCCAAGGUUUCAAACGAGGCGGGGCUGGGUCUGCUUUCUCAUUUUAGACGAACCACAAGUAGGGUAGCUCCAGGGGAGAGUGCUGCUGCUGCUGCUGCUGCUAAUUUAUAACAUGAAUUCGGCCGAACAGACGGUAACAUGGCUCAUAACGCUGGGGGUCCUGGACUCUCCCAAGAAAAGCAUCUCGGAUCCGGAGGCUUUUCUCCAGACCUCUCUGCAGGAUGGAGUGGUCCUGUGCAGGCUGCUGGAGCGACUCAGACCCGGGACGGUGGACAAAUUUUUCCAAGAACCGAGGAACGAGAGCGAGCGUCAGAGGAACAUUACGGAGUUCAUUAAAGGCUGUGGAGCUUUCGGUGUGGAGGUUUUUGAAGUGAACGACCUGCUGCAGGGGCUGAACUUCUCCAAGGUGCUCAACUCCUUGGUCGCGCUCAACAAAGCCACCGAAGUGUCCGACUUAGGCGAUUCCGGAGAGAGGGCGCGCGUGCCGCACUCCUCAACUUUGAGGAUCAAGUCAUUCGACUCCCUGAACACCCAGAGCCGCUCCUCUAAGCUGCUGCUGCCUCAGUACCGCAGCCUGGACAUGUCAGAGGGCGGUGGGUGCGGCCACAUGCUGGUCAAGGCGCGCUUUCCCUUCCAGCAGACCAACGAGGACGAGCUCUCCUUCGCCAAGGGUGACAUCAUCAGCGUGAUCAAGCAGGUGGACGGGGGCUGGUGGGAAGGCACGCUGAACGACAAGACCGGAUGGUUCCCCAGUAACUAUGUACGAGAGCUGAAAGGAAGCGUCAAAACAUUAGACAAGCCAAAGUCUGGGACUCUGAAAAGUCCUCCCAAAGGCUUUGACAACACUAUCAUCAGUAAGACCUACUACAAUGUGGUGCUACAGAAUAUUUUGGAAGCAGAGACUGAAUAUUCGAGGGAGCUGCAGAGUCUCUUGGGUUCAUACCUUCGCUCCCUUCACCCCACAGACAGACUCAGCAGUGUUGACAUCAGUCACAUUCAGGGAAAUCUGGAGGAGAUUUCAACCUUUCAACAGAUGCUGGUUCAGUCCUUGGAGGAGCAUACCAAACUGCCUGAAGGCCAGCAAAAGAUUGGCGGCUUCUUCCUGAGCCUGAUGCCUGAAAUGAGAGUCAUCUAUGUGGCCUACUGCUCCACUCACCCGUCUGCUGUCAGUGUUCUCACAGAGCACAGAGAUGAGCUGAGUGAGUACAUGGAGUCAAAAGGGGCACCGAGUCCUGGGCACUUUGCACUGACCACCAGUCUGAGUAAACCUUUCACCAGACUGGAGAGAUACCCAACGCUGCUGAAGGAACUGGACAGACAUAUGGAGGACCAGCACCCCGACAGAGCCGACCUCCAUGCUGCCAUGACGGCCUUUAAAAACCUUUUGGCUCAGUGUCAGGAAGUGAGGAAGAAGAAGCAGCUGGAGUUGCAGAUUUUAUCAGAGCCCAUCAAGAACUGGGAGGGAGAAGACAUCAGGACCCUGGGCCCUCUUCUCCACACGUCCAAAGCCAUAGUUCACACACAGAACUGCAAGGAGUCAAAUGAACGCUACCUCGUCCUCUUCCCUCACACUCUCCUCAUACUCUCUGCCAGCUUGAGAAUGAGUGGAUUCAUCUUCCAGGGAAGGAUGCCAUUGUCAGGGAUGCUCAUCUCGAGAAUAGAAGACGGAGACAACUUGAAGAAUGCUUUUGAAAUAUCCGGCGGCCAGUGUGAGCGGAUGCAAGUAGCCUGCGACAGCCAACGCGAUCUACAAGACUGGCUGGACCUCCUCACCAAACACACCCACACUCCUGCUGCGCACGCACACUCGCUCAGGCCUCAGUCCACCAGUCACACGUUGCCCUCUCAUCCCGUCACCGUUUGCAAAUUCCCCGACUCCCGAGGCGUAAGCAGCGGCAGCCCGUACCACACUCUUCCUCAUCCCAACUCGUAUUGUGCGGACCAGAGUAGCAGUCCGAUGUGGGGACCCUUGGAGCCACCGAGCACCCCCAAACCCUGGAGCCUGAGCUGCCUUCGCCCUGCGCCUCCACUCCGGCCCUCGGCUGCCCUCUGCUACAAAGAGGAUAUGAGUAAGAGUCCCAAGAAUAUGAAGAAGUUGCUCCCUAAGAGGAAGCCGGAGAGGAAGCCGUCAGAGGAGGACUUCAGUGUCAGAAAGAGCACAGCAGCUCUGGAGGAAGAUGCUCAGAUACUGAAAGUGAUCGAGGCCUACUGCACCAGCGCCAAGACACGGCAGACUCUCAACUCUACCUGGCAAGGAACAGACCUCAUGCACAACCACGUGCUUGCCGACACCGGCCUCACCGUGACCGGUUUACCUGGCAAUCUGCCGUGCUCUGACCAAUCAGAAGACUCCGAUUAUGACAGUAUCUGGACCGCGCAUAGUUACAGGACCGCCUCGUUUUCUCGUUCCAGCAGGAAGGAUGUACAAAUGCUGUUCCCAGAGGAGGAAAAGAUUAUUGUGGAGGAAACCAAGAGCAACGGACAAACCGUAGUGGAGGAGAGGAGUUUGGUGGACACCGUGUACAGUCUCAAAGAUGAGGUCCAGGAGCUCAAACAGGACAACAAGAGGAUGAAGAGAACGUUGGAGGAGGAACAACGAGCGAGGAAAGAGCUGGAGAGGAUUGUCAGGAGAGUUUUGAAGAACAUGAACGACCCAACCUGGGAUGAGACGAACCUCUGACCGUGAGAUGACCAAAUGACGAGAACUUAUCCAACCUGUGCGGACAAGAGCUGGACCGCAACCCAACAUUUCUGCAUUUCCACUUUUCCACUUCGACCUUCACAGUAACUUGCGUGCCAAACUGUGGACCAAGAGAAAAAUGCCUGCCAGCCGUGUGCGAAGCCAUCUGAACCGACCGUAAAACUGUGAAGCAACAACAGCUGGUAGGCGUGAUGAUCAAUUUGUUUUGUUUUUUCAUCCGUCUUGGAAACUCUGGAUUUCUCCUCAACUUCUUCUCCUCUAGUAUAAAAUGUCACCACUGCCAGGACAGUAUUUUAUUGACUGGUCGCGUGCAAAGAGUAUGAGCUCUUUGUGGGUUUAUAUAAAAGCAGUAUGUGAGUGAACUUACUUACCUGAACUUGAAAAAGACAUAUUUUCCCAACACUCCUCCUUUCAGUAGCAGUUAUGUUUUUUCAACUCCCUAUUUUAAAUCAUCAUGAAAGCACCUGUUAAAACUCCAUAUGUUUCUGUAAACUUAUUAGUUUUAACAUACAUUUUAACCUUAUAUUAAAAACCAGCACGUAUAAGUGACCAAGUACAAUUUGUUUCUGCAUACAAAUUUUUUUGACAAUAAAAUGAUUUAAUUCAGAGUUAGAUGUAUUUGAAUUUAUUAAAUUAAAGACGGUUCUCAGGAAUUAACAUGAUCAUCAGUUUAAAUCUCAAGCCCCAAAUACUUUUCCAGAAGUUGACUAAUAAAUCACGCAUCUGUGGUAACGACCGUAAAAGUGCAAUGUUCAAUAUUUCUUACGUGGUAAUAAGAAGUCAACGUAAUUAAAUAAAAUAACUGAAGCGCUUUGUCUCUUCACGGCCGCCGUAGUUUUGUUGUUGCCGAUAAACCUGAAAUUAGCGCAACAGCGCCCCUCUGGGAUGUGAUCGCUGUCUAAUGUUACAUAAUCGUAGCGGUCAGAGCGAGUAUUGCAGCCUCAUUAAAGAGACGACAGGUGGAAGAAAGCUGGGUGGGCAGCAUUUUGAGUUUUGUUGAACUUUUUCUAAACUUUCUGAAAACACUAGCUGUAUAAAUUAUUGUUAUGAGCUAAGAUACAAUCAAACACAUUUAAUCUUGCUGUCAUGAUGACUUAUAGCCAUUCGUAAUAUGCCAUGUGUAUGCUGUAAUGUAAAGAUGGCCCAGAAUGUAGGAAAAAGCUACUGUAUGUUACUGGAAGAUAAAAAGAAAUGGAGACUGAAUUUAUAUUAUGCAUAAAGAGACUGACAGUCUUUAGAUGCUCGUUUUAUUAAUUAAACACUGAGCUGAUGCAAUGGCACUGAUUUGUCUCUGAACACUGAAUGAAUAUCCACAGAUGUCACUAUUCUUUCUAUAGCUAAGCAAAUUGUUCUCAGUACUGUUCUGUUUCAAGACCAAAGCAAUACGACACUGCAAAAUGUUUUUGUUUUUGUUGUUGUUUUUAAAUGAUGUCAAUAUACUUACUGUAGAUGAUUACUCAUUUUUUAUAUUUGUUAUAUUUGUCAAUGUGUUUCUACUCUGGCUUUGAUUUGUAACACCUGAUUUUUUUUCUUUUUUUUUACCUGAUCUGUUCGAUCACACUUAAGAUUAUUUGUACAGAAGAGCAGCGUAUUAAGCGUUUGGUAAAGCUUUUAGCUUCACCUGCAAAUGACGUGAUGAAAUUAGAACCACACUAAUAAUGUAAUACAACAUGCCAGUUAUUUUCUCUAACUUAUGUAUUUAACUGAUUGAUCUAAAUGUAUUGUGAUGAAUUACAGUGGUUAUACUAUGAAAAGAAUCACCCCCCUCUAUUUAUUUCACCCAUUUGUCUGUAAGUGAAUAAAAUAUGGAAUCAAACUUGAA